CCCAACUUCGGGGUCAGAGUGACGCUCUACGUGGAUAUUACCGGUGAUUCAGCAUUUUGUCAAACCUCAAACCCCAAGCUGUUGUGCGCUGUUUCGCAGGACACACAAGUCGGAUUGCCCUACGAGACCCAGCGGCCCGUGUGCGUACUUGCAAAUCCAUCCACCAACAGAAAUGCUCAUUAGCGCAAUGCAGCUGGCGCGGCUGCCUCCUGCCCCGACCAGCCGGCGCCAAGCAGCGGCAGCCCGCAGUGCCGGGCCUCGCAGCCGCGUGGCCCUUUCGCGCGCUGUCGCCAGUGCAGCUGGAAGCAGUGAUGGCUUCAACGGCAGUUCCAGCGGCAGCAGCAGCAGCAGCGACCCAGCGGCACGCGGCCGGCGGCAGGGUCGCGGCAGCACCCAGCAGCCGCGGCCGGCAGCAACGGCGGCCGCGAAGACCUCCGGCACCACCAGCACCCACACCAGCACCAGCACCCGGAGCAAUGACACCACUGCACCUUCCACCGCCACUGCCACCGGCAGCAGCUCCGCCGCCCCCCUGACGUUUAGCUCCACCUCCACCUACGCCCAAGCGGCGGCGUCCUCUGCCGCCAAGGCGGCGGCACAGAUCAGCGCUGUCAACCGCUCCACCGAGGUGGCUGUGUGGAUCUCGGACCGCCCUCUGCGCCGCCUGCCCGCCUCCCUCGCCGACCCCCACCAGCUGGAGGCGGCGGCGCGGCGGCUGCUGCCCGGGUACGGCGGCGCCAGGAGCAGCAGCGCCCCGGAGGCUCAUGCCCGGGAAGUGGGGGAGGUACUGGCGGCUGACGGCCUGCCGGUUGACUUCAGCGCCGCUGAGCGGGCCUUCCUGCGGCUGCUGGCGGCGCCGGAUCUGGACGGCCGGGUGGCGCGCUUCGAGGCGGGCGCGGCGGAGGACGUGCAGGUGCUGGAGCGGGCGGCGGCGGCGGCGGCGGCCCGCGCGUACGGCGCACUGGGCGGUGACGGCUCGCUCCAGGCCGCCGCCUGUCACACCUUCCUGCAGCGCCUGCUGUACCGCAUGAACCGCCUCAACCACUUCUGGUAUGACGACCUGCGGCUGUACGACAACGAGCGCUCUGCCGUGCUGGCGGCGCUGCGGGAGCGCGUGGAGGGCGCCUGGCAGCGCUGGGAGGCGGCGGGCGGUGAGGCGGGGGCGGGCGGCGGCAUCGGCGUGAGCCCGGAGGCAUACAAGGGCAUGAGUGAGGAAGAGCUGAUCGCGGGCGUGCGGGCUCGUGCCGCCGUGGAUGUGGACCCCCCGCCCAGCCCCGCCGCCACGUACGUGCGCGACCACAUGGGGCUGCAGGGGUACAAGCACCUGCUGGCAGUGGGCUCCCUGGAUGGCCUGGUUGAGGCCAGCCGCCAGUCGCGGGUGUGCGCGGGCGCUGCCAACGAGGUGGCGGCCACCGUGUUCAAGGUGCUCAUGGAGGAGUACGGCGGCGGCAAGCUGUCCCGCAAGCACUCGACCUUCUACGCCUCCAUGAUGAGUCAGCUGGGUCUGGACACACGCCUGGAGGCCUACUUCGACCUGCUGCCAUGGCAGUGGCUGGCGGGCGCCAACCACAACUUCCUGCUGACGGAGCGGCGCCGCCACUACCUGCGCUACUGCGGCGGCCUGACCUACUUCGAGGUGAACGGUCCCUCGGUGUACCGGACCUACUGCGCCGCCGCCCAGCGCCUGGGCCUGCCCGCCACUGGCUGGGGGUAUUGGGAGCUGCAUGUGCGAGAGGACGAGCGGCACGGGCGCCAGAUGGUGGAGGAGGUGGCGGUGCCGCUCAUUGCCAGGUACGGCGCUGCUGACGGGUGGGAGGUGCUGUGGGGCUACGACCAGGAGGUGGCCAUGAGCGGCCGGGCGGCGGCGGCGCUGGUGGCAGACAUACGGGCGGCGGCAGCAGAGGAGCAGGGCGUGGAGGGGCAGCAGUGAGGAGAAGGAACGUAGCGGAUGAGCGGUAGCAGCAGUGAGGAGGGAUGACCGUGGCAAACCGCAGGAGGGGCACAUUUUGUGGGUUCUAGCGGGGAGAGGGAAUGGAGUGCGGUGCAAACAGGAUGGCAUGAUCUGGACCUUCGUUGCCAUCGUCGUCCUUAGAGACACGGACGUGUGUGAUCAGGAUUGUUAGCGUGAACAAGGUGGUACGCCUUCCACGGAGCUUGAAACUGCAGCUGAGGCGUUCUGAGGUGCGUUCCUUGAAGAGUUCUUAUCCUUGCUACAAAAGUGAAACGCAAGGCGCGCAGUCCUGGACUUGGUCUCAGCCGGUAAGCGUUGAACGCGUUGAUGUUGUGUUGGCACGUGCAGCGGGCUCUUGCUCAGGUGGUAAGGGGUGCGACGGGCUUGCUGGCGGACGGGCGGGAGUAUACUUUCGGAGUUUUUGUGUGUGUGAUAAGCUGGCAAGCAAGGGGUCCCUGGCCUGCCUUUGAAGAAGGGUGCCACAGACAGAACAGUUAAAACACGUGGGAUUCGUACGGUUUCCACUUGUCAACACAUUGUGCUCAGAACCUGUGAUGCAUCGUGCAGCUGAGACUGAAUCUGACAGUCUGGCUCGA